AUGGCCUGCAUCUUGAAGCCCACUAUGCCUACCUCCUGCUCUCCUGAGCUUUAUGUGACUUGCCCCACGUUGAUCAAUGUGCAUGAAUGGCUCAUGAUCCACCACACCAUCAUCACCUCCAAGGACUGCCCCGGUGGCAAGUAUGACGUCUUCGCCGUCGCCGAGUUCCCGAUCUUCGCCGCCAAGGCGGGGUACAUUAGCAUCAGCAUUGGCAUCCCUCUCGGGCCCGUUACCGUUGAAUUCUCGACUAAGCUCGACAUCCGCCAGAACUGCACAACCCACCUCGACUUGGUCACCGCCAACAUCAAGUACCCGCUCCUGGCCUCCGUCAAGGGCGGCACAUUCAAGGGAGACCUCCACUGCGACUGCGGCAUUGAAAUGUCGAUUGGGGUCCCCAAGAUUCACGGUAGUGUUCGCCUGUGGAUCGACGGCGGCGACCACUGCCACCCCGACGCGUCGCUCUGGAUCGACUUUGACCUUACGGUCUUCGAUGUCGCGUAUAUGGGCAAGUUCGCUGUCCUCCCCAUCCCUCCCUGGUUCAUCUCGGUGGCGAACAGUAACCAGCUCCUCGAGGCGCCCGCUGGGAAGAUAUCUACCUCACCAUCCCCCUCAAUCAGCGUAAACAACAAGACGAACAAUGUCACCAACAUCGUGACGCCCCCCGCUGUUGAUUUUCCCGUUGUGGCCGAAUCGACCUCGAGCUAG